GGCCGCUGCAAGUUAGAUUUUCGCAUGUGGAUGUUACAAAUGUUCCGGAUUUUUCGGCAUAUCGUGUGAAGUCUACGAAGGAUCCACAUGUACGGUCCUCGAAGACAGAAUUACAGCGGAAGGUCUUCACGUACACUAUUGCUUUCGCGGGCACGGUACUCGCCACAACGACAGCAAAAUAUGCGGUGACAACCAUGGUCCAGACCCUAGGACCUUCUGCAAAAACGUUGGCCUUGGCUAGUAUUGAAGUCAAUCUUGCAAGCAUACCUGAAGGAAAGAACUUAGUAGUCAAAUGGCGGAACAAGCCACUUUUUGUUCGCCAUCGUACGCAAGAAGAAAUUGAACGCGAGCGAGCUGUACCACUUUCUGACCUUCGCGAUAAACAAAGAGAUGAAGAUCGCGUGGAGAAUCCAGAAUGGCUCAUUUGCAUUGGCGUCUGCACACAUUUAGGUUGCGUCCCGAUGGCGAACGCAGGGGAUUACAUAGGCGGCUUCUACUGUCCUUGUCAUGGUAGUCACUACGAUGCCUCUGGCCGUAUUCGCAAAGGCCCUGCUCCAUUGAAUUUGGAGGUUCCCCCUUACAAAUUCCUGGACGAAAAUACCCUCCUGGUUGGCUAG